AUUUGACGUCUAGACAAAUGUCACACACAGCUGCUGCUAAAUUGCAAACGAAAAAAUAAAAACAGCACAAUUGCUUAAUAUUAGUUAGUAUUUUUGCAAUAUUGACAAAAAUGUCGAUUCCAGUACCGGGAAUAACAACACACGCACGCCAGGUUUGCAGUCUUUAUAAACGUGCACUCCGUAAUUUAGAAUCAUGGUACGAUGAGAGAUAUAUAUUCCGCUACCGUGCCGUUUUGUUGCGUCAACGUUUUGAAGAAAAUCGCUGCGUUGAUAUGGCUACAGCUGUCAGUCUGCUUAAACAGGGUGAACAGGAGGUAUUCGAAACCCAACAUUAUCAACCAAGGAAAUUUCCUGGCAGCCCUGGAGGUUGUGCUUAUGAGCGUGAAGUCAUUCCACCAGACUGGGUACUUGACUAUUGGCAUCCAUUAGAAAAAGCACAAUAUCCUGAAUAUUUUGCUAAACGUGAACAACGUAAGAAGGAAUUUGUUGCCUGGUGGGAGAAGCAGUACGGCAAACCAAAGGCAGAGGACUUGCACCACUAGUGAUAAUAUAAUUCUAAAAAUUCAUCAACAACAACAAAAAUACACACACACUUUGAUAAACAAAGGGAAUAAAUAUUUGGCCGUAUUUAAUGUUGCAACAAAAUACAGCGUCCAACAUAUAUUUUUCCAUAAUGUUUUUAAUUUAUCUUCAUCAAGUGUGUGAUUACUAACGAUCAACACAAAGCGAUUAGGGAUUGUUGGGAUUGUUGACUGUUAUUUGAUAAAAGAAUAAAAUCUGCAAUAUAGAUAAGA